AAUGCACCGUUUAAGUUUGGUUUGCCAACCGCAUUAAAUAAUACUAGAAGAAGAAGAUGUUAUCUCCGAGUUUUGGGUCCGUGUUUAUUUUUUAUUUUUUUUAAGUAACGGGGCCCGUGUACUUUUGCAUUAUAGUCGUAAGCUUCGCUGUAUGAAGUAUUUAUUUAAUGAGUAUCCUACGUGUAUUUUAGUUAAAGCCGUUUACGUUGCAUGCUAACUUAAAAAUGUCUAAGUCUCUAUCGUUUCGGUUUCAGUUGAGCUCCAUAAUGGAGAUAAUGACUAAAACAGCAAUAGAAGAAAUAUGUAACAUUGUAGAAAGCGAGCUCACGUUACUACGACAAGAACUGUCAUUCGUCAUGAGUGAAAACAGAGUCCUCAAAGAUAAAAUGCUUUGCGUGGAGAAUAAAGGAGAAACAGCUUCCAAAACAUAUCAGUCUACUUGUGUUCAAACAGAAGGAAUGCAGCCCUCCGUCAAUGGGAUAUUUGGGAAGGAAUGGUGCACCAGUUUGUGGGAUCAGAAGAUCCAGUCAACAGAAGAUGAGCUGCCUGAUGCUGUUGACAUGUAUCCUGAAUCACAAUAUAAGCAUAUUGAACCAAUCGGCUCCAUCCAACCCCUGAUCAAAGAGGAGAACAGAUCUGAAGAGGACACAUAUCCAAACUAUGAAGGCAAUGUAUCAGAAGGACUCUUAUUAAACUCUUCUGUGUGUGAACCUUCGGCAGACCCCAAAAAAUAUAACCAGCCCUUUGAAUCUGAUGAAAUCCAGAGAACAGCUUUUGAUUCUUCAGAUGGACACAUCAUAAAAAACACAGUUAUUGAUAACCCUGUCGAACAGUUAAUGGCACCCAUCGAAGACCCUUUGAUAUUUGAUGAUCACGGUUUACUCGACACAUUUUCAGUGGAGCAAAAUGUCCCACCUCCAUCUGAGACCCAAAAAGUACCAUUACAGAAAAAAGAGACUGUGAAACCUAAAUUAAGUUGCUAUGAAGGAAAGAUGUGUCUUCGGCCAAAUGCCACUAAACACAAAGUUACAAAACACAAGCAGCAGCCUCCAGUUAAGCUUUCAAAGUCGAAACCAAAUAGAAGGUAUCAUUGUGAGAUUUGUGGGAGAGGAUUCGCUUGCAAAACUAACUUAAAAAUUCACUUUUUUGUACACACCGGGGAAAGGCCCCAUAAAUGCACUUUUUGUGGAAAAGGAUUCACACAGAUAGGAGCUUUACACAUUCAUGAACGCACUCACACAGGAGAAAGACCUUUUAAGUGUGACACCUGCGGAAGAUGUUUUACCCAGAAGAUCUGCCUACAGAAUCAUGAACGCAUCCAUAGCGGAGAAAGACCUUUUAUUUGUGACACCUGUGGAAUGACCUUCGCCCAGAAAGUCACCAUGGAUAAACAUUUAAUUGUCCAUAACAAACCAACAAAAAAGAAACAAAGGAAAUCAAAGAAAUAUAAGUAACUUUAUAGCAACACCCUUUAUUUACAAUUCAAAAUUCACCAGUAGCUGUAUGAAAUAAAAAAUUUACAAGAUUAACAGUAACAAAA